AUGACACCCACCGUCUCCGCGAUACCAGACGUAUAUUAUGCUAUAUUCGCGUUCUACGAACCGGCUAUGUGCAUCAUGGGUAUGCUCGGUGCAUUCCUCGAUCCAAAGAAGACACACGACAUGCAAGCUCCAUGGCCACAUAACACCCCACCGUCGAAUCCCUUACCUCGCGCCACGCUCGUAACCGUCGCGCAGCUCGCACACGUUUGCGCGCUGAUGGGGACCGUGAACUACUUCCUCCUCACCGCGGCACGAAAAUACCUCGCAACGCAGCCCAUCGUGCAGGAGCGCAUCGUCGCGGCCCUUCUGGGCCCGCUGAUGAUGGGCGAUAUCUUCCAUACGGUGGUGACAAUAUGGGCGUUAGGGGAUGAGAAAUGGCAUCCGGAACGUUGGAGUCCCAUGCUGUGGACGACCUUGAUCAUCGGCUUCACAUUAAUGAUCCCGCGGAUAGCGUGGUGGGCUGGGGUCGGCCGCUUCACGUCGAGGAGAGACGGGCAUUCCCAACUAGAGGAGCGUGCACCGUCGUCGGAAAAGAGCGGCGCACACCAAUAGAAAGAAGUUGCGACCUCGCGUUCGAGAACACUCGAAUGGCAUCCGCUUGGAUAUUAGAAGCUAUAUUAAUCUGUAUUGCCCACAAAUCGGAUCUGAGGAAACCUAUAAAUUGUCGUCAGAUCAAGCCAAUCGCGCGGAUUAUGAAAGACCGUCAGAUUAGAUCAAGGAGAAGUCAUGGGGCACCAUCAGGCUGUCCGAAGAACGAGCCAAGAAGAGGUUCC